UUUACAGCCAUUACUGCUUUUUUUCUUGUGCACUGAAUCCAAGUCCAAGAAAGACCAACGCGAAUUAAAUAAAAAUAAGAAUAAGAAUGGGUUCUUCAUUGACGAAGAAGGAGCUAGGCAGGAUUGUAGAUGGUUUAUCCCUAAUCAGCAAGGAGGUUGUGAAACGUUCUCGAUCUCAAAAUGGAGAUUUGCAAUCCCUAAUUACUUCCUCCUUGAAGAAAGCAAUCCUCGUCGUCACUGAUCUCUCCGGACUCACCACCGGCGAGGUCCGCGAGUUCUCCACUCCUCCUCCUCCCUCACCUCCUACUAGUAGUAGUAACAAUUCUAAAGCAACAACCAGUGUUGUAUACUUCGAGGCGGCGGUUGAGGAGAACCAACCUCAAACACCAUCACCUCUUCAACCAUCGCCAUCGCCAUCAAAUGUUGGUGGUAAGGAAGUUCCCUUUCCCGAGAUACCACCUCCAUUGCCAUCGAAUGUUGGUUGUGAUGUCAAAGACGGUUUGCUCGCUUCCGAGGCCAAUGUUGACCUUGACAAAGAAGAGCCUGCUCCUUCUCCUCCUCCUCCUAAGAUACAAAAGAGGAGGCCGAGGGAGAGGAGAGUUCCUUCUACGCCCUUUUCUAGAGCUCUUGGGUUUGCUGGCCUAGGAGCUGGUCUUGCAUGGGGGACAAUCCAGGAAUCUGCCAAGAGGAUUGUCUUUGGUAUGCCCGAUUCACAAGAAAAACAAUCCGCUAUUUCCCCAUUCUUAUCGGAAAAAAAUGCGGAACGUUUGGCUCUUGCAUUGUGCAGAAUGCGCGGAGCGGCCCUUAAAUUAGGGCAGAUGCUGAGUAUUCAAGAUGAAUCCAUUAUACCUCCUCCGAUCUUGGCUGCGUUGGAUAUUGUUCGUCAAGGUGCAGAUGUGAUGCCAAUGAGCCAGCUGAAUCAAGUUUUGGAUGCUGAAUUAGGUCCUGACUGGUCACCUAAGUUGAUUAGUUUUGAUUAUGAACCAAUUGCUGCUGCAAGUAUAGGCCAGGUGCACCGAGCUGUCACAAAGAAUGGUUUGCACAUCGCAGUGAAAAUUCAGUAUCCUGGUGUCGCAGAUAGCAUCGAAAGUGACAUUGAGAAUGUGAAAAGACUAUUAGACUAUACAAAUCUGAUUCCAGAAAAUCUUUUUCUGGACAGAGCUAUGAAGGUGGCAAAAGAAGAAUUAUCUCGUGAAUGUGACUAUGAGUUGGAGGCAACAAACCAGAGAAGAUUUCGUGAUCUGCUAUCCAACACGAAAGGGUUUUAUGUUCCAAAGGUCAUGACUGAUAUCUCUAGUAAAAGAGUUUUAGCAACAGAACUCGUUCCUGGAAUUCCAAUUGAUAAGGUGGCACUGUUAACCCAAGAGACCCGUAAUUACGUUGCCAAAAAGUUACUGGAGCUUGCUUUGAUGGAGCUCUUUGUCUUCCGUUUCAUGCAGACUGAUCCUAAUUGGAGUAACUUUUUGUAUGAUGAGGCAACAAGAACCAUUAAUCUUAUUGACUUCGGAGCAGCCCGGGAUUUCCCUAAAUGUUUUGUCGAUGAUUAUUUAAGAAUGGUUCUUGCAUGUGCAAAUAGUGACAGAGAAGAAGUGAUAGCGAUGUCAAAGAGGCUGGGUUUCCUAACCGGGAUGGAAUCGGAGAUAAUGUUAGAGGCUCAUGUUCAGGCUGCUUUUGUUGUGGGAUUGCCUUUCUCAAAGACUGGUGGGUAUGACUUCCGCUCUACAAAUAUUACUCAAAGUGUUUCUAACCUUGGGGCAACCAUGCUGAGGCACAGGCUGACACCACCGCCCGAUGAGGUGUAUAGUCUUCACCGUAAGCUUUCUGGUGCUUUCCUUGCUUGUAUCAAGCUUGGGGCUGUUGUACCAUGUAGGGAACUUCUACUAGAAGUAAGUGAAAGUUAUCAGUUUGGGGAAGAUAGUGGUGAGAUCUCUAGUGGUUCAAUUUCAUGAUAGUCAUUGGUUUAGUUUUUUUUUCUAUUAAUUUAUUUCAUUCAUGCAAUAAUUUUGUAGUGCCAAUUGUUGCUCUUGGUUGGUGCAUAAUUUGGAUUGGAUUAGGCAAAAUUAUUAAAUAACUAGAGUACAGGGCAGGUUCUGAUAUGAAGGAAUGCAUCAGGAAGUGAUUGUUUGGAGGGUAUGGUAUUGGAAGGUUUUAAUACAUGAACAAGAAAUAUCAAAAGAAAAACUUGGAAAGCUACUUUCAUGCA